AUGCCGCCCCUGGUCAGACUUCGCCGGGCCACAGCGCAAGAUCUGCCGCAGCUGCUGGAUGUCGAAACAUCGGCGUUGGCGGACGACAAACUCACCGGUCGCUGCUUUCCAGAUGACACAAGUCCUGCCGCAGUCCAGACCCGGUUGGCUGCAUACCGCAGAGUCCUGCACGAAAUCACCGUGGCCGUACUAACGGACGAUCAAGGCCAUAGCACUGGUAGAAUCCUCGGUUGGACCCGUUGGGUGCGUCGCCCAGCCCCCACAGCACCAUCCCGAUCAUCCAUGCAGCGACCCCUGCGACGUGCCGUCGUCAACCCUGGCCACUUCCCAGCCAAAGGCGACCAGCUAUUCGCAGCCGGCUACUUCCAGGCAAACAUGGACAACAAGACAGAGGUUGUCGGCCAGCAGAGCCACUGGUUCCUCAGCACCUUGGUCGUGCGCCGCGAGGAGCAGGGGCGAGGGGUGGGGGGUAUGUUGAUCAGCGUGGGCACUGAAGCUGCCGACAAGGAGGGGUGGCCAGCCUACCUCAACUCCUCAUCGGUCGGCAAACGGCUCUACGAGCAGCACGGGUUCAAGACAGUGCGCAUUAGCUGGUUCACGGAGGAAAUCGUCUCCUACCACAUGCUGCGCAAGGCCGUGUCUGGACGGUGCGAGCACAAGCAUGGGAAGCACGGCGGCAAGUAA